GGAAAGUAAACACGCUGAAGUCGUGCUUUCUUCGCACUCGGGAGCAGCAGCACUGGUGUGUCCGUGAUCCAGGAAUAAUGUCCGCACUGCUGACUAUGGAGUCUCUGCUUAAGCGGAUCUGUGCGAAUGAUGGCGCUAUGCUCUAUGAUGACUUGCUGUGUGGCUCUAGAAGCGGUUUCUUGGACGAGUGGUUUAGCAGCUCUCCGGUCGAUACAGUUGUUGAAGGAAGCGACUCUCUCGUGACGGUUUUUGUAAAUGGACAGAAAACGGUUAUAGCCAGGACGGGAAUGAAGCUGUGCAGGGCGAAGAACUGCAGCGGAUGCUUGAAUUUACACCUGUGCAAGUUCUUCCUGUUCGGUGACUGUCAGUACGGAAGAGGAAGACGAGGAUGUCGUUUUAAUCAUGACCUGCAGAAGGAGCAAAACGUCCUUCAGGCACAUGGGCUGAGUCAGCUGGACAGGAGAGAGCUCUGUACCUUACUACUCCAGAGUGACAACAGCAUCCUACCUCCAGUGUGCCAUUCUUACAACAACGGCACGGGUCUGUAUGGGCGAUGCGAGGACGGCGAGAACUGCAAGCGGCUGCACAUUUGCGAGAAAUACCUGAGAGGCCCGUGUCAGUGUCCACGAGCACACGAUUUCUAUGAGCCCCAUCCUCUGAAAACGUUGCAGGAUAGAGGUGUUCCCGCUGAGCUCAUGGCAUCUAUGAAGACCACAUACUCAAACAUCGAGGCCUUACGAAUAAUGGCUAAAGUCAGACAACCUCAAAAUGGUGGUAGAUUUCAAGAGAACAAUGGCCAGAGAUCCAACAGAAAUGGCAACUGGCAGAAACAGACAUCGGCUGAUGCUAAUGCUACAGGUAGUGGAGGUCCCAGGACCAACAGAGGCUCAAACCCCAGGAAUCCGCAAUGCUCUCAAGAGAAAAAGGAGAUCUGUAUGUACUUUAUCAAAGGACACUGCAGGAACGGAGAUAAAUGUUUUAAAGAGCACUCCAAAGUGCCGUAUAAAUGGGAGGUGAAGGAGGGGCUCGGCUGGGUAGCUCUUCCUGACAAUGAGGGCAUAGAGAGAGAUUACAGUAACCCGGCUAAAACAUACAGCUCUGGAGUCUGCUUUGAUACAAUGACCCGUGGCUAUGACGUCGUGCGGCGUCUCUCGACGGUCUCCUCUGUCAUCCAACCCAACUACAUCCUCACCACCACUUGGGCAUGGCACUGGGAGGAUGAGUACGGCAACUGGAUCCAGUAUGCAUCGUCAGGUGGAGGUCACAACACAGCUUCCAUCACCAGUGAGGACUUGGAGCAGAAAUUUACGCAGGACAGCAAAGCAGAGGUGGAGUUCACGGCUGGCUCACAAACGUACACGCUCAGCUUCCAAGAUAUGAUACAGACAAACAAGCGCUAUGGAACCAAAAAGCUUGUGAGGCGUCGACCUGUAUUUGUGUCAGCAGCAGAUGCUCAAACAAUCAGAACAACCAAACCGGCUCCCAACAGCCAGAUGAAAACACUGCCAAGCCACUGGAAUAAAGCGCAGACACCUGAGAUCGGUUACAAGAAAUUACUACUGCAGAAAGAUUCAAGUGAAUACACUGCAAUCGAGCGCCUUUUCAACACCACUAUGCGAGGAUUCGGCAUUCAGCAGAUUGAGAGGAUACAAAACAGAGCCCUUUGGGAAGUAUUUCAGUGGCAGAAAGAUCUGAUGAAAAAGAAUAACACGGGGAAUAACGUUGCAGAGAAACAGCUGUUUCAUGGGACAGACUCCAAACACAUUGAUGCCAUCUGCCUCAAUAACUUUGACUGGAGAAUCUGUGGCACUCACGGCACAGCCUAUGGGAAAGGGAGUUAUUUUGCCAGGGAUGCCAAGUACUCGCACAGCUACACCGGAGACUCCACAACUCGCUGCAUGUUUGUUUGCCGUGUCCUAGUGGGUGACUACACCCUCGGCAACUCCAGCUACACCCGCCCCCCCUCCAAAGAUGGAGGAGACACCAUCUUUUACGACAGCUGCGUGAAUGAUGUCCACAACCCAUCCAUAUUCGUAGUGUUUGAGAAGCAUCAGAUCUAUCCAGAGUAUCUCAUUAAGUAUAGUGAGACGAGUCAGUCGUCCUCCCCGUAUCACAGGUCAACUCCUUCUGUAGCAAACAGAGCAGCUUACGUUCCUACAGCUUCUACAUAUCAACCCAACCCUGCUGCUACAGUUCGGAAAAUAACGUCUACAUAUCAACCCAAACCUGCUCCUACAGUUCAGACAGCAACUCCGACAUAUCAACCACAGCCUGCUGCAUCGUCAUAUUCUUCAACAUAUUCAUCACUCUCAUACUCGAGGCCUCCCACCCCUCGGCAAUCCAAACCAGACAACUCCUGCAUUAUCUGCUGAGGACGAUGAGGUUAAAUGUGAAAUUACAGGACUGUGUUAUACAGGGUGUCCCAAAAGUCUCCAUUUAUAGGGGAAAUUAACACUUUUUAGCAAAAUGUCUUCAAGAAAUCUUCAUACUGAGUUUAUAUUAUAUAUAUAUAUUUUUUUCAGAUAGCCUGUAAGAAUGCCUUUGACAAAAGAAGAACGUAUUGAAAUCAUUCUCACGGCUGGAUCGGGAAGCCGUCGCAAGGUUGCAACGACAAUUAUGCAAUUACAAGGACAUGCAGUUACAUUCAUAACACCAGAUGUGUUCAUUGUUCAUCGAGUUCAUCGUGAGUGGGAGAGGCGACUCCGUGUGUGUUUACAAAGAAAUGGCAAUCAUUUAAAGGAUGUUUCGUUAACAAAUUUACAUUUUGCUAAAAAGUAUUAAUUUCCCCUUGGUAUGGAGACUUUUGGGACACCCUGUAUUACAGUUUUUAACAUGGCCUAAUCAAUCUCCCCUUGCCAUGUGCCCUUAGGAUGGUUCAUAUUUUAAUUGUCGUUCCAAUAUUUUAUUAACAUUAGAUCACCCUUUAUGGGUCUGAAAGAAUGAAACAAUGUGCGUAGAGGAGCAGAAGGAACUGUAAUGGCAGAAGGCACUGUGAUCGCAUACAUUUUCCUCUUCCUUUAGCUCACAUGAUAUUUUAGGGAGCCAAGUGCUUGAUUCAGUGCUAAAUGAUAGCAGAUAUAGCGUGUUACUUUAUUAAUUGUAUUGAAACACAGGUCAGGUAAAGCAGGUGUAGGUAAAAGCUCAAAACAGAUAUAGAUUGAUAAGUUUUCAAGAAGGUUGUGCACAUUUUACUAAGAUUUACGUCACUCUAAACUGAACAGAAGUGAAACUUCCAUUAAUUCAGUUCUUAUGACUUGUACUUAAAUUCACUAAUCAUUCACUAAUUAAUUUGAGCCUCUAUCACUUGACUGGAACGUUUGUUUUUUUUGUUUUGUUUGUUUUUUUCAUGCUAAUAUUGGCACCCGUUCCCAAGUCAGAGCUUACUGUUAACUAUUUUGAUUGCAUAAAAUAUGUACUACAUAGCACCUCAACUAUAAAGUUUGAGAAUAUCAUUGUAUCAUUUUAUCAUUUAAAAUAUAUGCCGGUGUCACAAAAAAAUGUGUGAGUUUCACACCCAGGUUUGCAAAAAAGGGCUUUAUUUGAGUUACUUAAACAUUUAUUUGGGUGAUUUAAAUCAAGUUGAAUUUCACUGAGUGUAUUAGAUUCAUUUAAUCUCUCAAAUAUUUAUUGGAAUCAUUGAAAUCAAAAUCUUUUGACUCAGGACUCCUGCGUAUAAUGUCAACUGUGUGUUCAGGUUCCAGCAUAAUAAAGACAGUUGUAUAAAA